AUGACGUCGACGGGGAUAACGAUUUGGGAGUGGCUUCAAAGUGAUACAGUACCAACUAGAAAGAUAGUUGAAGAGAGUGACGUUGGCUUUGUUGAGUAUAAACUGAAACUCACACUAAACACGACAAAGGAUCGUUUGGACAGGUACAUGACUCAGAUGAAGUUCAGACUGUUGCAGGGUCGCGGUCGCUGUUUGUACCAGAUUGGCGUUCUGGACGAUGGUCAUUUGAUUGGAUUGGAUGACGCAGCGCUAGAGGAUAGCUUUGAGUGCCUCAAGUACAUGACAAAGGAAUUGGGGCUCUCAAUGUGUAUACAGCGUAUUCUUAACGUAACGCCUCUCCAAGUAAUCCACCGGAAACCACACAAACGAACAAAGAAAUCGAUUAACGAUGGAAUUUCUCCGAGUGAGCCGCUAUCGGUGGAGGAGCAGCACACCAAUCAACAAGCACUUCAUUCUAUCCUCGAUAACAUCCACAAGGACGAUGACGACGAUGACGACUUGGAUCAUCUCUUCUGUGACGUAGUCGAGAGCAAUUCAACUAUUUCGAGUCAUUUGUACGCGGAAGCACCUCCAACUCCACCCGCAAAUUCCCCCACUCUUCAAAUAGCCGAGAUAUUCAUAUACGCCCCUUGA